UCUGCGAGGCCGGAGAGGAGGAGUUCCUGGAGAUCAUGGCUCUGGUCGGCAUGGCGACCAAGCCUCUCCACGUGCGGAGGAUGCAGAAGGCUCUCCGGGAGUGGGCGGCCAACCCAGCCGCCUUCAGCAGCCUCCCCCAGUUCAGACUGGCCGGCGCAUCGCCCCAAAAUUCAAAGAGAAAAUCGGUUAGUAGCAGCGAAAACGCCUUCCCUGGAAGCAAACGGCUGCGGCCUUUAACCAGUGCACCUGCCGACUGCUGCAGCCCCAACUCGGGCAAGAGUCCCGCGGAGGGAGUCAGAGCGAACCAGGUGAUUGGGCGGCAACUGGUGACCGCCACCUUCCGCAACAGCGGUUCCGUGGAAGAUGCGGAUCUCUCGAGGCUGAACGAUAAGCUGGCAACCCCGCUCAAGAUGAAGGACAGUGAUACCGCCAUGGGAGAGGAUGAGCGGGGCUGCGGGCCGUCUAACACUGGGCGCGGAGACAGCACGCAGCUGGUGCACCACCAGGUGGUCACUCCAUUUUGCAAGGAAGACAGCAGCCAGCUGCAGCGGAAGGCUGAUCUAUUUUCACUGGCUCGACCAGUGGCCCAAGAGUUUGCUUACAGGAAAACAUGGUUAAGUUUGGAGGAAAUCAAUGAUCCCUCUGUGAAGAGUAUCACAUGUGAGAACCAGGUGGGAGCAGUCUUCCAGCGGACAAUAGUGGGGGAGUGUCAGGAAGAAUUCAUCAAACACCAAGACGUAGAUUCAAUCGGGAACAGGCACAACACCAAGGGGAAUAAUGGGCCUCUGUCCAGAAAACCUUUUGCCAGCCAACCACAGGCAGAAAGUCCGGAGGAGAAUCGACCAGCCCCCAAGAACACAGAGAAUGGACUGAUGGCAGCGAAAAUGGAUGAUGUGUGAAAUAACGAAACCAAACAAUGUGAUGCAAGCAAAACAAAACUGGCAACGCAAAGCAAGUGGCAAGCAGAGGUUGAAACGAAUAAGGUUGGAUGAGAUUUUAGAGAUGAACUUAAUUAUCCCAGGAAAUGUGUGAACGACACUGACUGCCAGGUUUGAUUAGGCAGUAAUUUAGGCAUUAUAGCGUGUGAUGGCCAUUCUGGCGUUAAUUAGCAAGGUCUAAUGCCUGUUCACGUGAGCCCUAUUACGUUGGGAGUUCCGAUUUACCCAUUGUUGCUGCUCCUCCCAGAGGGGAUCGACUUCAGACUGCAGCCACCCUUACAGAGCAGUGCAGGUCAACCGGAGGAGGGCAAGUAUUUGAACAGGCUGGCUCGCUUUUCUCUUCCCAAAGGGUGACAGAAGAAAUAUAUAAAGCGGGAGGGAAACGUUUCUAUGGAUGGAGAAGAGGGGCAGUUGGUAUAUAGUGGUCUUUUGAAAGCCCGCAUGCCAUUCAGGAGAAGCCCCUCCCCCAGGAGAGUUUGGGUGAAAGGUUAAGGAGGUGGAGGAGCUGGACCAGCGAGGGAGGGAAAAGGAACAGGGGCUGAGAGAAUUACACGGGAGGGUUGACUGGAUGCCAGAAUGAUGAACUGAUGGAGCCAGAAGAUUUCUUUCUUUGCUCACUAUUCCUUGUUAAGCCGAUUCUAUCUCGUUCCCAGUCGGCACAGAUCCACUUGUAAGACUGAGAGUUGGUUGGUAACUGAAAGUUAACGGCGAGGUCCAUGUUAGGAGUCUGGAGUUCCGAUGACACCGCCAAGUGAACAGCGGCAGCCGAGUACCAGGGCCUCAGUACCUCCAGUGCAUUUGGAGGGUUUCGCAGAGACAACCUUGGCGGUAUUUUCCAGUGCCUCGAGAUGCACUAAGAGAACUGGAGGGACGGGGGAAAGGAUACAGUUUCCCAGCUCUUAGAAGCACACAGGAGCGCAGGGAUCACUGUUACUGGGAAGACCACAAGUUUUGAGCCAGGUUUGAUCUUCGGGUGUCAUUUUUCUUAGCUAACCAAGGGCUGUUCCGGUGCAUUGAAGGUGAUGGCGAAUUUCACUAGUACCGAACACCUUCACCGAGUGGUGUCUCCUGAGAUACUGAAAGUGGUCCACAUUUUCCAGGGGGGAGAUUUUAUUGUUGGAGCACAGUGUAGUUCACCUGGUUGAUGUUGGUAUGUGUCCUUUGUCUAAUUCAUUUUCUUCUCUUUAUUUUUGUAUUUGCAGUUUGUUGUCUUUUGCACUUUGUUGUGCAUCCUGUUUGGUGCCAUAUUUAGAAAUAUAGAAAACCUACAGCACAAUACAGGCCUUUCGGCCCACAAUGCUAUUUACCUUAGAACACGUAUUUACCUUAGAAAUUACCUAGGGUUACCCAUGGCUGUCUGUUUUUCUAAGCUCCAUGUACCUAUCCAGGAGUCUCUUAAAAGACCCUGUCGUAUCCUCCUCCACCACUGCCAUCGCCAGCCCAUUCCACACACUCACUACUCUCUGCAUAAAAAAACUUACCCCUGACAUCUCCUCUGUACCUACCUCCAAUCACCUUAAAAUUAUGCUCUUUCAUGCUAGCCAUUUCAGCCCUGGGAAAAAGCCUCUGAUUAUCCACACGAUCAAUGCCUCUCAUCAUCUUGUACACCUCUAUCAGGUCACCUCUCAUCCUCAGUCGCUCCAAGGAGAAAAGGCCAAGUUCACUCAACCUAUCCUCAUAAGGCAUGCUUCCCAAUCCAGGCAACAUCCUUGUAAAUCUCCUCUGCACCCUUUCUAUGGCUUCCACAUCCUUCCUGCAGUGAGGCGACCUGAACUGAGCACAGUACCUCAAGUGGGGUCUGACCAGGGUCCUAUAUAGCUGCAACAUUACCUCUCGGCUCCUAAACUCAAUCCCACUAUUGAUGAAAGCCAAUACACCGUAUGCCUUAACCACAGAGUCAACCUGCACAGCAGCUUUGAGUGUCCUAUGGACUCGGACCCCAAGAUCCUUCUGAUCCUCCACACUGCUAAGAGUCUUAACAUUAAUACUAUAUUCUGUCAUCAUAUUUGACCUACCAAAAUGAACCACUUCACACUUAUCUGGGUUGAUCUCCAUCUGCCACUUCUCAGCCCAGUUUUGCAUCCUAUCAAUGUCCCGCUGUAACCUCUGACAUCACUCCACACUAUCCACAACACCCCCAACCUUCAUGUCACCAGCAAAUUUACUAACCCAUCCCUCCACUUCCUCAUCCAGGUCAUUUAUAAAAAUCACAAAGAGUAAGGGCCCAGAACAGAUCCCUGAGGCACUCCACUGGUGACCGACUUCCAUGCAGAAUAUGACCUGUCUACAACCACUCUUUGCCUUCUGUGGGCAAGCCAGUUCUGGAUCCACAAAGCAAGGUCCCCUUGGAUCCCAUGGCUCCUUACUUUCUCAAUAAGCCUUUCAUGGGGUACCUUGUCAAAUGCUUUGCUGAAAUCCAUAUACACUACAUCUACUGUUCUACCUUCAUCAAUGUGUUUAGUCACAUCAUCAAAAAAUUCAGUCAGGCUGGUAAGGCACAACCUGCCUUUGACAAAGCCAUGCUGACUAUUCCUAAUCAUAUUAUACCUCUCCAAAUGUUCAUAAAUCCUGCCUCUCAGGAUCUUGUCCAUCAACUUACCAACCACUGAAGUAAGACUCAGUGGUCUAUAAUUUCCUGGGCUAUCUCUACUCCCUUUCUUGAAUAAGAGAACAACAUCCGCAACCCUCCAAUCCUCCAGAACCUCUCCUGUCCCCACUGAUGAUGCAAAGAUCAUCGCCAGAGGCUCAGCAAUUUCCUCCCUCGUCUCCCACAGUAGCCUGGGGUACAUCUCGUCCGGUCCUGGUGACUUAUCCAACUUGAUCCUUUCCAAAAGCUCCAGCACAUCCUCUUUCUUAAUAUCUACAUGUUUAAGCUUUUCAGUCCGCUGUGAGUCAUCCCUACAAUCACCAAGAUCCUUUUCAUUUUCAUUGAUUUUAUUGCGUUACUUGUAUUCACUGUGAAUGCCAGCAAGUAAAUGAAUUUCAGGGUGGUGUAUGGUGACAUAUGUACUUUGAUAAUAAAUUUACUUUGAACUUUGAAGUGGGCUGAAUAGCCUGACUCUGUUUCUAUGGUCUUUGUUUUCUCUCAUAGGCUUCAAACAUAUCAGUAGUGGCUUCUAGCUCAGCCUGUGAGAGUGCGCAGAUACGGGCAUCAUCCGCAUACUCAGUUCAACCAAAUACCACCAUCCCUCUAGUUGUCUGAUUUGGAGGAUUUCCUAUCUUUGUUUCCUUCCCUACCUCCACCCUUUCAGUGAAACCUCUAACAUUUGUUUGGAUACUUACUCUUGUGGCCCGUAGCAUUCAGUUCACACUUGGCAG